ACGGCAUCUGCGGGUGCAAUAAGGUAAGGUUGGUUGGUUCCUGAUUACUAGUAGGCAGUGUACGAUUCCGUUCCCCUCAUGUGGAUGCUAUAAGUAUCACCUGACUCAACACCAUGGCCGAUUUUCCCAAGCUGAUCCCGGCCUUCACGGUCCAAGUAGCCAUUGAUCCGCCAAAACCCAUCUCCUCGACCCUAACCGUGGUGCCCUUCCGCUCGGAGGGCGGGAGCAUCGUGUCAGAGCCCUCGUACCCGAUCCAGCUGAACGCCGCCAUCACGCACGGCGCCGACUACAUCAAGGCGUUCCCUGACGGUCGACAUGUCCGGCUGGACGUGCAGAGCACGGCGCGUGACGGCGCCACGGGGGCGCUGGUCCGGUUCAUAUACACCGGCAAGAUCUCGACGCUGGGGGCGGCGGGAAAGGUAUUGAGGGGUGAAGCCGACGCGGCGACGACACCGUUUGGGGAUGCCUUCUCUGUCGUGGAAUUUGAGACUGGUGACGAGAAGCUCACAGCCCUCCAUGAGAAGAUCUAUGUCGGGUCUGGGCGGUUCAUUCUGGAGCAGGGCAAGCCGGUCAUCGUGGAGUACAAGGUCAGCGAGGUCUCAGCGUAGAAGACCACGGUGGUGAUAAGAGUUCUACAAAAGAUGACCAGUCCAAUAGUUGUGCUCUUCGUGGUCACGCAGAGGAGCCUCGUGCCACCUCGGAACUCUCUGUAAUAAUCCCCAGAAUCGAUGCGCUAUGUACUGCUAUGCUGUAUCCUGGUUGACCGACGUCUA